AGAAUGGAGACUACGCUGACCCUAAUAAUUAUGGAGCAUAAGAACCACUGAAUAAAUGCCCGUUCCUCCCCUCGCCUUGUCGGUUCACCACUCUCUGGCCUCACCCUGGAGGUGGACAUAAAGCAUUGGGCAGAAAGACAGAUUCAACGGAAACCCACAUGGGAGAACCUUGUGACAUUUGCGGUGAUAUGGGUGUUCGGGAGGCACUCUAUACAUGUUCAAAAUGCAAAAUAGGUCGUGAGCAUUUUUACUGCAGGCAACCCUUUGCGGAUGAUGUCCCAGCUCUUUGGCUUUGUGGAGCAUGUGACUUGCCCAAGACUUCAAUGUUAGACCCCUCAGCCAUGGUAGAUCAGGAAAACGCACAUUCAGCUGGUUUUAGUGAAACUCGAAAAGAUUCUAGGGGUUGUGGUCGUUUUAAAUGGGAAAAGACUGUCCAAUCUGGGAAAGUAAAAUAUAUUUCGGCUCGUGAAGCAAUGAUGCUAUCUUCUGGAGCCAAGGAUUUUGCAUCCCGUGCAAAGAGGAAUUUGCAUUCUAGUGUUACGCCAUCAAAAAUUGUGCCAUCUAUGCCUGCAAGGACUCCCAUCAAGCUCAAAGUGCUCUCGCCAAAGUCCUCACAGAGUUUCAAAGCAAAUCCUAGUUUUGAAACAGUAGAACCUUUGCCUCCCAGACAUUGCAACAGCCAGAUCAAUUUGGUGGUUAAGCAACAAGCAGUUCGAAUGAUUGAAGAUUCUAAAGGUGCACCUGGUCUUUCAAUAUCUGUUCAAGAAAAGAAAGCUGGUCUAACUCCCAGGAAGGGAUAUAUUAACGAAAGAAAGCCUAUUGAUACCCUUAAGCCUGCUGUAGAGACCAAAAUUGAGAGUAUAACGGAAGUAGAGAAAGAGAAUAAAGAGUCAUUUGACUCAUUUUCAUCCUUACCAGUGAUGCAUUUUCCACCAUUAAGCAGUUCUGGCACGCAAACCUCCUGUGGUAAUGUGGAGUCAAGAAAUUUGGACGUAAAGGAUGGCGGCCUGGUGACUGUUCUUCCCAAGCCUGAAAAAUGUUUUCAUGGUCCUGCUUUAGAUUCUUCUUGGACGGGAAGCUUCAAAAUUAUUGAUUCUAUUAGCCGUGAGGAACUCAAUGACGGGUUUAAGGCUCAUCCUCCAUCUACAGUUCGUGGUAAAGUCUACGAGUUCUCAAAGAAAAUGCCUAAAGUCCUUCAGUUUAAGAUGCUUCCCAGGGACAACGUUUGGACUGAUAUAUUUGAGGAUUAUUAUCCAACUGAAGAUGAUAUUGGGCUGUACUUUUUCUCAAGCGAUAGUCAAAGGUCUUUGAGUUACAUCGCCCUCCUGGAGUUGAUAGAAACACGAGACGUCGUGAUGAGAAGUUACAUAGAUGGUGUGGAGUUGUUGAUGUUUUCAUCCAAACAUCUGUCUUCCAAUUCUCAAAGAUGGAAUGAUGAUAAAUACUUCCUUUGGGGAGUUUUUCGCAAUGUCAAGAAAUGCAAAGCUGUAUCCAAACUCAAUGAGGAACUCCCCCGGUUAUCUCGGCCUUCAGAUUCUACGAACGACAACAAUGCGAAUGGGGAUAGCAGUUUAGUUGAUAGACAGGACAUGAGAAGGGUUGAUAAAGCAAUAUUGUCAAGAGAAUCAUCCACUCGGGCCUGUGGAAGCGCUAAGGUUGGCAAUGCUACUGUCUCCCGGUUUUCAGGAACUGUGCGGCAUACCUCCCAGUUUUCAGGAGAUUUGUAGAGGCUGCAAGUUCCGAAAAACUUUGCGAUGGGGUAGUCCGGAGUAUGAGGGUAUAUAUAACCCUAGUAAAGCAGAUUAUUCUUGGGUUACGAUCGAGGGGAAUGAUGUUCAUAUGCCCCAUGUGUCAUAUAAUGGAAGUAUAGUCUACCAAUGCAAUGCUUACAUAUCACAUGGUCACGGAAUAUGGAAAUCAUUGCAUUGCUCAUUUGUUUAUAAGGUGUGGGGGUAUGUAAUUUGGCGUACAGUAUGGAAGUUCUCCAUGCAAAUAUGAGGUUAAUUAGAGUAACUGUCUAUGAUUAUUUGUAGAAGUCCUCACUCAUGUUGAAUCACAUUCCGUAGUGUAAUGGUAUAAGAUAAAAUAGCCUAAUAAUUAUGUGGAUUGCAUAAUGGAUUUUCUCA